GCCGCCUUGAACAAAGCAACUCAAGGUCGUUGGGACAGAUUUGGCUUGGACCUAUCGUAAGAGGAUGAAUGUAUUGCAGAUGGUUAAACAAAUGGACACUCUUUCACCGAGAAUCCAAGCCUUGUUAAAAGAAAGUAAUUGUUUCAGGUGUAAUGAAGACGCAAAUAUUGAAUCUCCAUUUUCUCGAGAAGCUUUGAAGGCCAGACUGAGUGACCUGGAAUUCCGUGUAACACAAAAUAAAGAAACGGAAAAACCUUUUUCAGGGAAAUAUGUAAAUGAGAAAUCACCUGGAAUAUAUAGAUGUGUUGUCUGUAGCUCGAAACUGUUUAGCAGUGAAGCGAAAUUCUUCUGUAGUUGUGGCUGGCCUGCAUUUAACAGUCCUAUAGAGUGUAACUCAUUGACCUCAUCCAUUGAUUUGUCAUCAGGUGAAGUCCGUGUAGAAGUUUCUUGCAAGGGAUGCAACGCUCAUUUAGGACACGUGUUUGACGAUGGCCCGAAACCUACAGGUCUUCGUUAUUGCAUUAAUUCUUGUGCUCUAAUUCUUGAUUCUGAUAUUGGUAGCUCAUCUAGUUUAAAUUUGCCAACUGCUUGAUAUUUUGUUAUUGUCAGAUACAAUGAUGUUAAUUGUACGUAAGCUAGAAUUAUCCUAGUGUUGCAUUUCUAAUCUCAUGCUUUUUCCCAAAGUCUUAUGAUAAACUUUGUGAUGUUUUCUCACUUCCGUUUUACUUUUCUAAUUUGUAUUUCCUGUUUUUUAUUUGAAUUUAUAAAAGUCGUUUUCUAAUUUUUAAAUUGCUUGUCUUUUAGUCUGAAAUUCAAGUUACGCUGGAUGUUUAGGAAGGGCUUUUUUCUCAAUGGAAUAAACAUUUUUGUUUCAUUGGUAGUUAGAAUCCUUUGUAUUCAUCGUCCAUUGUAUUGUAUGUAUGAUAAAAUUCACCUUGUGCUUAAUACAUGUGCAUGGGCUGCUUAUACUCAUUAAAUGCAACCAGUCGAAAGU